AUGUCGUUCCGAGGAGGCUCCCGCGGCGGUGGUCGCGGCGGUGGAAGCUUUGGCGCCCGUGGCGGCGGCGGCGGAUUUCGCGGCGGCCGUGGUGGAGGCCGUGGUGGUUUCUCGCAGCCCAUGGGCCCGCCUGACCAGGUCUUCGAGAUGGGUUCCUUCAUGCACGCUUGCGAAGGCGAGAUUGUGUGCGAGUCGAUCAACACCAAGAUCCCCUACUUCAACGCUCCCAUCUACCUCGAGAACAAGAGCCCGAUCGGCAAGGUCGACGAGAUCCUCGGUCCUCUGAACCAGGUCUACUUCACCAUCAAGCCCCAGGAGGGCAUCCAGGCCACCUCCUUCAAGCAGGGUGACAAGUUCUACAUUGGCGGCGACAAGCUCCUGCCCUUGGACAGGUUCCUUCCGAAGCCCAAGCCCCCGGGUGGAAUGCCCAAGCCCAAGCGCGCUGGUGGAUCCGGUCGUGGCGGUGCACCCCGCGGUGGUCGCGGCAGCUUUGGCGGCGGCUUUGGCGGCCGUGGUGGCCGUGGCGGUGCACCGCGUGGUCGCGGCGGCAGCUUCGGAGGUCGCGGAGGCUCGAGGGGAGGCUUCAGCAGUGGAGGCUUCAGUGGUGGCCGUGGCGCUCCUAGAGGAGGUGGCAGGGGCAGGGGCCGCUACUAG